CCUGGCUCUACUGCAGGCGCUGGGGGUUGGGGUGGGGGAGAGGCCCAGGGCACAUGAUGCCGCCCCCAGCCCGCCCAGCACAUGACCCAGGCAGGCCGGCGGGGUCCUGGCACACCCGAGCCGCGUCAGUGAGCACAGCCCAUGGCCUCCCCGCGCCUAGGGACCUUCUGCUGCCCCACACGGGAUGCGGCCACGCAACUCGUGCUGAGCUUCCAGCCGCGGGCCUUCCACGCGCUCUGCCUGGGCAGCGGCGCGCUCCGCUUGGCGCUGGGCCUUCUGCAGCUGCUGCCCGGCCGCCGGCCCGCGGGCCCCGGGUCCCCCGCGACGUCCCCACCGGCCUCGGUCCGCAUCCUGCGCGCUGCCACUGCCUGCGACCUUCUAGGCUGCCUGGGUGUUGUGAUCCGGUCCACCGUGUGGUUAGGAUUCCCAGAUUUUGUUGACAGCAUCUCAGAUGUGAACCGCACGGAAAUUUGGCCUGCUGCUUUCUGCGUGGGGAGUGCGAUGUGGAUCCAGCUGUUGUACAGUGCCUGCUUCUGGUGGCUGUUUUGCUAUGCGGUGGAUGCUUAUCUGGUGAUCCGGAGAUCGGCAGGACUGAGCACCAUCCUGCUGUAUCACAUCAUGGCAUGGGGCCUGGCUACCCUGCUCUGUGUGGAGGGAGCCGCCGUGCUCUACUACCCUUCCGUGUCCAGGUGUGAGCGGGGUCUGGACCAUGCCAUCCCCCACUAUGUCACCAUGUACCUGCCCCUGCUGCUGGUUCUCAUGGCCAACCCCAUCCUGUUCCAAAAGACAGUGACUGCAGUGGCCUCUUUACUUAAAGGAAGACAAGGCAUUUACACGGAGAACGAGAGAAGGAUGGGAGCCGUGAUCAAGAUCCGAUUUUUCAAGAUAAUGCUGGUUUUAAUUAUUUGUUGGUUGUCGAAUAUCAUCAAUGAAAGCCUUUUAUUCUAUCUUGAGAUGCAAACAGAUAUCAAUGGAGGUUCUUUGAAACCUGUCAGAACUGCAGCCAAGACCACAUGGUUUAUUAUGGGAAUCCUGAAUCCAGCCCAGGGAUUUCUCUUGUCUUUGGCCUUCUAUGGCUGGACAGGAUGUAGCCUGGGUUUUCAGUCUCCCAGGAAGGAGAUCCAGUGGGAAUCACUGACCACCUCGGCUGCUGAUGGGGCUCACCCAUCCCCGCUGGAUUCCCAGGUGCCUCAGGAAAACUCUGCUUCCAGGAAGGUGUCUCGAGUGGGUGGGCAGACUUCUGAUGAAGCCCUGAGCAUGCUUUCUGAAGGUUCUGAUGCCAGUACAAUUGAAAUUCACACUGCAAGUGAAUCCUGCAACAAAAAUGAGGCUGACCCUGCUCUCCCAACCCAUGGAGACCUAUGAAGGGGAUGUGCUGGGGGAUCCAGACCCCAUAUUCCUCAGACUCUACAAUUCUUGUUCUUUAGAACUGUGUUCUCACCUUCCCAUCACUGCACUGCCGAAGUGUAGCAGCCCCCAAACCUUGCUUUCAUCACUAGUUAGAGCUUCUUCCCGAAGAGCCUUUAGGAUAGGAGAAAUGAUUCAUGCACAUGCGUGUGGGAAUGGAAGAGCCCCCUCCAGACCACUCUACAGCUUCUCUACCCUCUUAGUUGCCACUAGGAAGUUUUCUGAGGCUGGCUGUAAAGUAAGUGUAAGGUCCAAGUCCUUGGGAAAGUAGUUAAAUAAAAUAGUUAUGACUG